AUGGCCGAUCCGUAUCGUAACGUGCCCAAAAGUGACCAACCAACUCCAACCUCCAAUUCUUCCAACCCUGCCUUUAUACUACUUCCUCCUCCCGCUCCUCCUGAUCCUACUCCUCCAGCAGCACACGAUCGAGACUGCUCAUCGUCGCCCAGACCCGGGCCCUCGGGCGCCUCCACAUCCUCAUCGCCCAGGGGCCACCCCGUGUACAGGGGAAUCCGGUCCCGGAGCGGGAAAUGGGUGUCCGAGAUUCGGGAGCCGCGUAAGACGACGCGCAUAUGGCUUGGGACGUACGCCAAGCCGGAGAUGGCUGCGGCUGCCUACGACGUGGCGGCGAUCGCUCUGAAAGGACCCGAUACGGCGCUGAACUUCCCCAACUCGAUUCUUACGUAUCCGAUACCGGCUUCCUCUGCUGCGAGUGACAUACGCGCUGCGGCGGCUAGGGCAGCUCAGUCGAGGGCAGAGAUGAUAUCUGCCGGCGUGAGCGGAGGGAGAUCGGAGCCGGGUGGGGUAAAAAAUGAGGAGGGUAGGGUUGGGCAGGAGGAGGAGGAGGAGGAGUUUAUGGAUGAGGAAGCGCUUUUGAAUAUGCCGAAUUUGCUGGUGGACAUGGCGGAGGGAAUGCUGGUGAGCCCCCCGAGAAUCUCUUCCGAGGACUCGCCUGGGAAUUCCGAUGGAGGAGAAAAUCUCUGGAGCUAUUAA